AUGUCGCUGGCGGAGGGGGUCCAGCUCAACAAGAGCCUCUUCUGCUUCGAGGCCGACACCGGCGCCACAUCCUCCGGCGUCUUCGCCGGCGACGACCCCCUCAAGUUCUACUUCCCCCUCCUCCUCUACCACAUAUGCGUCGUCUUCAUCCUCUCCCGCGCCAUCCACGGCACCCUCCUCGGCCGUGCUGGCGUCCCUCUCGCCAUCUCCCAGAUCCUCGCCGGCGCGCUGUUGGGCCCAUCGUUCCUGGGUCGUUUCUUCCCGAGCGUCGGCCAGAUCUUCGCCACGCCGGAGGGAUGGGUGCAGAUCAACACGGUCGGCGGCUACGCCUUCACGCUCCACAUCUUCACCGUCGGCGUCAAGACGGACCUCAGCAUGAUCGUCAAGUCCGGCAAGAAGGCCGUCGCCAUCGCAAUCUUCGGCACCGCCGCGCCGCACCUUGCUAUGUACAUCGCCGGCCUCGCGCUCAACGACUGCCUCCCCAAGGCAUGGAUCGACUCGUUCCUCCUCACCAACCUCACCUCCUGGUGGUCGCUCUCCGCCUUCAUCGUCGUCUGCUGUACGCUCCACGACCUCAACCUCCUCUCCUCCAAGCUCGGCCGCCUCGCCAUGUCCGCCGCCCUCAUCGGCGACUUCGCCAACACCUUCUCCAUCGCCGGAGUCACGUCCUACCUCCUAGCGUCCAGCCCCGAGGAGAAGCUCCAGCGGAUAGGCUUUAUGUCGUCCCUCUCCUUUUCCAUCUUCAUUGCGCUCAUGGCGCUGGUGGCGCGGCCGACGAUCCUGCGGCUGAUCCGUGACGUGCCGGAGGGCGCGCUGCUCCCCGAGUCCCGCCUCGUCGCCGUGCUUCUCAUCUCCCUCACGUGCAGCUUCGCCGGCGAGCUCCUCGGACUCCACGCCACGUACGGGCCAUUCAUGCUGGGGCUCAUGCUCCCCGGUGGCGCCCCGCUCGGCGUGACGCUGGAGGAGCGGCUGGAUCGGCUCGUCGUCGGCGUGCUGACGCCGCUGCUCUUCGCGCAGGGAGGGAUGAGGAUGAACGUCUACACGAUCGCGGACUUCUACACCUGCGCCCUGCUCGAGGUGUUCCUCGUGGUGGGCAUCGUCGCCAAGUUCGUCGCGUGCAUCCUACCGUGCUUGUACUGCCACAUACCGGUCCGGGAAGCCGUCGUCGUCGGCCUCAUGAUGAACUUCAAGGGCAUCACUGAGUCGGUGUACGCCUCAUCGUUCAUGGACUCCAAAAUACUUGACGACCAGGCAUACGCGGCGUUCAUGAUCAAUGUGCUUGUGAUCGGCGCCGCCACGGCGUCGGCGGUCAAGUACAUGUACCACCCGGAGGAGAAGUACGUGGCGUACCGGCGGCGCACGGUGCAGCACAAGAAGCUCGGCGAGGAGCUCCGGAUGCUGGCGUGCGUCCACUCGCAGGUGGACGUGGGGCCGAUGGUGGCGCUGCUCGACGCGGCCAGCCCGACGCCAGCGACGCCGCUCGCGCUGUACCUCCUCCACCUUGUCCCGCUCGCCGGGCUCACCAGUUCCGUGCUCCGUCACUUCAAGCACGGCGACCCGAACUGCGUCCCGACGGGGUCGACGGCCACCGAGUCGGAGCGCAUCGUCAACGCCUUCCAGUUCUUCGUGGGCCAGCGGCCGCAGGGCUCCUCGUCGCUGCUGCCCUACGUGUGCGUCGCGCCCUACGCCACCAUGCACAACGACGUGUGCGCCGUCGCGCUCGAGAAGCGGGCCAUGCUCAUCAUCGUGCCGUUCCACAAGCGCCUAGCCAUCGACGGCUCCAUCGAGCCCACCUCGCCCAACGCCGGCGCCAUCCAGGCCGCCAACUCCAACAUACUCAACUACUCGCCCUGCUCGGUGGCUAUCCUUGUCGACCGGGGCAGCCUCUCCGGCGUCGUCAGCGCCGCGUCCGCUGCCGCAGUCGAUGGCGGGUUCCCACACCGCGUCGCCGUGUACUUUCUCGGCGGGCCGGACGACCGGGAGGCGAUGGCGCUGGCGGCGCACAUGGCGGAGGACGCGCCGAUCGGCCUGACCGUGUUCCGGUUCUUGCUGCCGGUGGAGUGGCAGCAGCGGCUCAACCCCGAGGAGGACCAACUUGACGAGGAGGCGACGCAGGAUUUCGUCCGGCGAUGCGUGGACGAGCACCGGGUCUUGUACAGCGAGCACACGGUCGGCGGCUCCGACGAGAUGGUGGAUGUGAUCCGCAACACGAGCCUGUCGUUCAACCUGCUGGUUGUCGGCCGGCGAGCGGAGAGCCUCGAGUCGCCGCUCACGGCCGGCAUAUCGGACUGGAGCGAGCAUCUGGAGCUCGGCAUCCUCGGGGACUUGCUCACGUCAACGGACUUUGGGUGCCGGGUGUCCACGCUGGUGGUGCAGCAGCAGACCAGGGCGGCAGCUGGUGAGUUGUGCCAGUCGCCGGAGAACCAAGAGAAGGCACAACACCCGCCAGAUGGCCCCGUUUGA